AUGGCGGCGGAUGACUUUUACUUGGCAGGUGAGAAAACCUACAGGUGUCCUCUCCCGAGCGACUACAACAGUAUGCAGCCAGCUCCCCUCGGUUACCAUCUGGAACGCUACAACUUCCCCCACUGGCAAAACAACACAGAUCUCAAGUCCCCGCUGCAGCCCACAAGUCCCGGCGCUAGCCCCAACCCCAAGCUCCGGCCCAAAUCCAGGGAAAACUGGAGCCCGGCUGCAGGUCACUACCUUAGUCUGGAGAGCCGCGAAGAAGACACCCCAUCUAUUAAAAAGCAAUCUGAUAUCCCUGACAAAGAUCCAGGUACAGACAGCUCUCAACACAGCCAAGCCAGGAAAUCCCAGCAUGAGCCCUUGGAUCUUUCUGUUAGACCGGAGGGUCUCGCUUAUCACACAGACAAGUCUCCUGGCGCGCCGGUGCAGGGCUCUAGCAGUUACAAUGAUGGGCAUGCCUCCACAGUUACACCCAAGCUGCAAAGUUACCCCGCCGACGCCGGGGCCGGGCUCCACGCGAAUAACACGUUUGAGUCCGAUCUAGCAGAAGAGGAGAAUUACAUGGAAGAUGCAGAGUAUGGUUGCCUGUUAAAUCACGAAUCUACCAGUCACAAUGGUGGAGGUGCAUUUGAGAGAUCAGUGUCUGAUCAGGAGAGGGGAGAGGAAAAGGAAGAAGGAAGCAAGUGGAAGAUGCUGAAUAAAAACGAUGUUGGGACAGACGAGCGAGGACAGGAGAACGCUGACGUCCAAGGUCCCGGUGAGGGCCUGCAGCCUCCCUAUGGAAAGCUAGGGCAGUGGGGCAUGAUUGAGUCACCCAUCUCCUCUCUGGAGAGAUUUACACCAGGGGAGGGUCAUCUGCUCCAGCACCACAGGAACCUGCUCUCCGUCCUCAGGUCCCCCGGUGGACUCAGCAACAUGGCGCCCAGCGGUCUCAAAACCAGUGUAAACAGUGGUGACACCAUAGAAAAAGAGGUAACAUCAGUGCGGAAGCCGUUCCAGUGCAGAUACUGCCCCUACAGCGCCUCUCAGAAGGGAAACCUGAAGACUCACGUGCUGUGUGUGCACCGCAAGCCCUUCGACAACAGCCUGUACCCCGACCGCCGGCUCCGGCGGUCACACGCGCCCCGGAGGCCCUCACACCUGCCCCCGGGCAUCACCGGAGACACUUGCACGCCGGGGAGGGAACAGAUAACCAUGACAUCGCUUUGUGGGACUUGAUGUCGUCAUGGCAACAGCAAACAUAGACUGUCGUGAAUAUUGUCGUAGCUUCACCUUGGAGGGAUUUCGGGGAGGGGGA